AUGGAUCAAUACGACGUCGCAGUUGUGGGACUUGGUGUCCUUGGAAGCGGAGCGGCAUACUACGCCGCCAAAAAGGGCGCCAAAGUGAUUGCAUUCGAGCAGUUCGAGCUUGGUCAUGUACGCGGAGCUUCCCACGAUACUUCUCGCAUUGUUCGAACCUCCAACUUUGCUCCCGAAUAUGUCGCUCUUGCCAAAUCUGCUUACAAGGACUGGGCCCAACUAGAACGGGAUUCGGGCUACAAGAUGCUGACAGUCACUGGCGGCGUAGUAUUCUUCGACCCGGAUUCACCAGUUCCAGCCAGUGACUUCACCAAGAGCCUGGAUGAUCAGAGUAUUCCAUAUGAGCUGCUUAACUCCCAAGAAGUGAAGCGGCGAUGGCCCCAGUUUGAUAUUCCCGAAAAUGUCUCCACCGUGUUCACGGCCGAUUCAGGCAUCGCCCAUGCUGCGAAGACAGUCAGCACAUUACAAGCUAUGGCACGCUCCCAUGGUGCUAUUUUGAAGGAUAAUACGCCUGUCGAUCGUGUCACGCCCCAGGCUUCAGGUGGAGUUAUAAUCGAAACACCCAAGGGUCGAUUCAAGGCCGCCAAGGUCGUUCUUGCAACUGACGCUUGGAUUAACAAACUCCUCGCUCCCCUAUCCGUCCAUAUCCCGGUGUCUGUUAUGCAAGAGCAAGUCACAUACUACAAACCCACCGACGCGGCUGCCUUUGAAACUGAUCGUUUCCCUGUUUGGAUCUGGCAAGGCGCGAAUUGCUAUUACGGAUUCCCCUGCUACGGUGAACCGACCAUCAAGGCCGGACGUGAUUACUCGAACAACUUCAUGACACCCGAGCAACGUACAUUUGUACAUUCACCCCCACUGCUCGAGGAGCUGACAUCCUUUAUGAAGGGCUUUAUUCCUGAUGAGGAGCGUCAGCCCCUGCGCACAAUCACUUGCCAGUACACGAUCACUCCCGAUCGACAAUUUAUCAUCAGCCCGUUGGACAACCAUCCUGAUAUCAUCGUUGGCCUGGGCGCUGCGCAUGCUUUCAAGUUUGCUCCUGCCUUUGGUCGGGCGCUGGCAGAGCUCGCAGUGGAUGGCCAUACCACCGAGGAUAUUUCAAAGUGGGGAAUUCCAAAGGCUGCUACUCUGAACAGCAAGCUUUGA